AUGGGCGAAAUGCUGUUUGCUAGUGCUGCCUAUGCCGAGGAAACCCGGACUGGCGGCGGCCUCACAACGUCUCAAAUUGUGACGUCGACGCCGUCAACUGCGUAUAAGAUUACUGCCGCUGGUGACGACUAUGACGAGGCCACGGGAGUACGGGUGAAACGAAGCGCUUCUACCACACGACGGAAAUCCCAGCCAUGGAAGUCACCGGAUGGGGACUACACGGGAGAGACGGACGUCAAAACACUGACUUCUCAUGAAGCAUCACUGCCUUCACAUACUGAAGCAGACACGCAACCACAAGAGAUUGGCAGCUCCUAUACUAGGACACAGAUAUCACCAGCACCCUUGGUUUCGCAGGAACACGCGCCACUGCUCCACCUGCCCCUCGAAAUCCGCCUUCAGAUCUACCGUUGGGUUCUGCUGCUGAGCACGGUUGACCGAAAGCCAGGCUCGACGGCCACUGCAGCAACAACCACCAACGACUCUGCCAUGUCCGUCUCGAGCACGCUCUUCCACUGUAUGCCGCCCUACUUCUUCGACAGCCCGCAGCACUUUGGCCCGGGUGACGGUAUCAUGUUUAUGAACAUGUUUGCCAGCAACGAGCACCAAAGGCCGCUGCACUUUCGGCGGCUAAGACCGAAGCCGCCGACCAACGAGACCCCGCAAGAAGACCAUCGAGACCAGAAGAGUACAGUCUUUGACGACGUCCCGUUGCUCGCCUCGUACCGCCCCGUUGGCCGUGCGUUGCCUGUCGGCCUGCUCGUCAGCUGCCGCCAGGUCUACCGCGAGGCCCGCACCAUCGCCUUUGAGACGAGCGAGUUUGUGUUUGUGCGUCUCUUCUGCUCGGGCCUGUCGACUGCUCACUCCUUUAUUGUGCUCGGUAGUCAGUCCUACCCGGGCAACGUAGGUGGCGGCAUCCCGCUCCUGCAGCCCUGGCAGCGCGACUGCCUGCGCCACGUGCGGCUGGAGCUGGACGUGAGCGUUGCCGACAUGGGCUGGACGGGACCCGAGCGGGAUCCCAAGUAUGUGGCGGCCGAGGGGUCGGACGCUUCGAAAGACGGGCCCAAGAUCAUGGAUGGGCCCAAAUGGCUCGCCCUCUGUGACGCCCUGGCCAACGGCCUGCACGGCAUGCGCGUCCUCCUCAACAUUACCGAGGAGCAGUACGACAUGAACGCAGAGCGGGACGAGGGCACCAAAGAAGACGACGAGUACACGUACACUCCGGACGAGGCCGCUGCGGCUGCCCGCAGUGUCUUGGUCGAGGGGUUCACACGCCUUGCUGCCCUGCGCCAACUGGAGAUUGAGCUUGCCUGGGUGCUGCGCGGCCGCUUCCGCAGCCGCGCCGCCAACUUGACCCCCGCUGCCGCGCGCGACAACCUCAUGUGGUGUGCCGCCGUCGAGACGGCCAUCCACGCGGCGAGACAGGCACGACUGGAGACGACAGCGGUAUCUAGAGCAUCAGAGUCGACGCGCCGCCCUGUGUUGACCAAAGUCGUCUGCGUGGAGCGCAUCUACGACGAGGAGUUGGAAAAGGAAAGGGCUUUUGUAGAGGGUUCUGGCUUCUAA